AAAUGCCUUGAAGACGGCCAGACUGUGGAUCGCCAACUACUCCCUCCCUCGGGCAAUGAAGCGAUUGGAGGAAGCCUGGCUGCUCAAUGAGGUCCCUGAGGCCACACGGACAUCCCAGAAACAGGAGCUGCACAAAUCUCUAAGGUCUUUGAAUAAUUUCUGCAGCCAAAUUGGGGGCGACCGCCCUAUCUCCUAUUGCAGCUUCAGCCCCAACUCCAAGCUCCUGGCUACAGCUUGCUGGAGUGGUCUCUGUAAGAUGUGGUCAGUGCCGGAUUGUAAUCUCAUCCACACUUUGCGAGGGCACAACACCAACGUUGGAGCCAUUGCCUUUCACCCCAAGGCAACCAUCUCCCUGGACAAGAAGGACAUCAACCUGGCUUCAUGCGCAGCGGAUGGCUCUGUCAAACUCUGGAGUCUUGAAACCAGUGAACCAGUGGCUGACAUUGAGGGACACACAGUGAGAGUAGCCCGGGUGGCAUGGCAUCCCUCUGGCAGGUUUCUGGGCACCACCUGCUAUGACCACUCUUGGCGCCUGUGGGACCUGGAGGCUCAGGAGGAGAUCUUGCACCAGGAGGGGCACAGCAAAGGAGUCUACGACAUCGCCUUCCAUGUUGACGGCUCCCUUUCUGCCACUGGUGGCCUUGAUGCAUUUGGCCGCGUGUGGGAUCUGCGCACGGGGCAUUGUAUCAUGUUUUUGGAGGGUCAUCUCAAGGAGAUCUAUGGAAUCAACUUUUCCCCUAACGGGUACCACAUUGCCACAGGCAGCGGCGACAACACCUGUAAAGUGUGGGAUCUCCGCCAGAGAAAGUGCAUCUACACCAUCCCUGCCCAUCAGAACCUGGUGACAGGAGUGAAGUUUGAACCAAAUCAUGGCAACUUCUUGCUUACCGGAGCUUACGACCACACAGCCAAGGUCUGGACGCACCCAGGCUCAUCCCCGCUGAAAACCUUGGCAGGACACGAGGGCAAAGUCAUGGGCUUGGACAUCUCCCUGGACGGGCAGCUGAUCGCCACAUGCUCUUAUGACAGGACUUUCAAGCUUUGGGUGGCAGAGUAGGG